CAUCUCACUGAAUACACACACACACACCACAUGCACAUGGACACACAGACACACACGCAGAGAAAGAGAGAAAGAAGAGCUUCACCAUUAGAUUCGGCAUCUCACUGCUCAAUGCUUUCACGCUGCUGCUGUGCUUCGUUUCAGCAUCUGAGAGUAGCAUACUACACUGAGAGUUAGCUACAUGCCAGCAUAUAUAUAUACACACAGACACAUACAUACAGGGAGGGAGGUGAAGAAGGGGGAUUGAGCUCGGAGGUGGACGCAAGCGGCGGCUACCAUGGCUUGUGCGGCGGUUCGCAGGGGGUCGUCGCAUGGGCAUUGUGCGACGCAGCUGUUCUCGGCUCUGUGUCGAGAGCAGGCUGUUGUGAGAGGUGGUGCAGUAGGAGUAAGGAAGCCUGAAUUUCGUCGGGGUUUUAGCUCGGAUUCGGUGUCGCAGAUCAAGGCGUUGCGGGAGAGGACGGGGGCGCCUAUCAAGGAUGUGAAGGCUGCUUUGGUGCAGUGUGGAUGGGAUGCUGAGGCUGCGGUGUUAGAGUUGAGGAAGAAGGGUCUGACAGCUGCGAGCCGGAAAUCAAGUCGGUUGGCGGCUGAUGGAUUACUCGCUGUGGCGAGUGGUGGGGGGGCCACUGCCGUCGUAGAGAUUAAUUCCGAGACCGACUUCGUCGCACGGAAUGAAAUGUUUCGCCACUUGGCUACACGAGUUGCAAGAGCAGCGCUUGGCGUGCAAGCACUGAAAUCAGAACCAUGGAGUGCAGCCACGUUAGAUCUACCUGCAUUGGAGGCAGUGAAGAUCAAGCUGGAGCAUGAGAAAUUGAGCGGCGAGGUUAGUGUCAAAGAAGCUGUAACAGAGGUAGCAGCUAUUAUGGGCGAGAAUGUGCGCCUUCGGAGAGGUUUUCUUGUAUCGUCCACUACGGGCAUUGUGUCUUCCUACUUACACGCAUCUGCGGAUCCAGGGCUUGCAAGAGUUGUGGGACUGCUCACUCUUGAACCAGAGAAUGGUACUUUGGAAGGUCAGGUGGCUGAGGCAGAACUUGGUUCAGCUCUAGCCAUGCACGUUGUGGCAGCUAAGCCACUCUUUUUAUCCAAGGAGCUUGUUCCUGAAAGCUAUCUCAAUCGAGAGACGGAUAUUUUCCGGUCUCAGGCAUUAUCAUCGGGCAAACCAUCCAAUGUGGUUGAUAAGAUGGUGCAGGGCCGGCUUCGAAAGUACUUUGAGGAGACCGCACUGCUGGAACAAAAGUUCGUGGUAAAUGACUCGAUGAAUGUUCAGGCUGUUCUUGAUGCCCAUCGCAAACUGACUGGAAGGCAUGUUAGCAUCACCAAUUUCUUGAGGAUGGAGGUUGGCGAGGGGAUGCAACAAAAGGAAGAAUGACAUGGUGACCUGGAUAUAACUCAACACACGAAUCGAGCUUAGGCUUUCUAUUCGAGAUUUUUGUGGCAAUCCUUUUUGUAGCUUGACACACUGACUUUGAUAUGCAUUAAGGUAUAUUGUUCAUAAUUAGUCAAAAGACUGGUGAGUUGAUUAGGUGGAGUUCCUCCACCAUGUCUGCAUCCCUUCGAGGUGAUCCUCCAAUGCUUCCGUUAAGGUCGGGUACGGCUGUGCCAUUCGUUUCAUCCAUAGCUGCAAAUUUGCUGCAGCUUUCCCCUUAAUUGAUAGGGAUGCCUCAUACUAAAUUUGAAAACUGGUCGCAUUCAUGACAAUUGUUAGUACGGGAAGAGUAAUUUUAAGAAUUGCGUAACAUUCAUUUAGAUUUGUAA